CGGGGACUGGGCACCUGGGCGGGCGCGCACUCGCCGCGGGACAGCCCCGAGCGGCCCCGGCGCGCCCGGCCAGGUGAUUUCCCCGGAGCGUCGGCGCCGUCCAUGGCCGAGGUGCUCCAGCCAGACCCCGGGGCAGCCGGAGGCUCGGCGGCCCAAGGCGUGGAGACCCCAGACUGGAAGACCCCGGAGGACGCGGGUUCCCAGCCCGACAGUUACGAGAUCCGACACUAUGGACCAGCCAAGUGGGUCAGCACCUGCGUUGAGUCCAUGGACUGGGAUUCAGCUCUCCAGACUGGCUUUACUAGGCUGAACGACUAUAUUCAAGGCAAAAACGAGAAAGAGAUGAAAAUUAAGAUGACAGCUCCAGUGACAAGCUACGUGGAGCCCGGCUCGGGUCCCUUCAGCGAGUCUACCAUUACCAUUUCCCUAUAUAUCCCUUCUGAACAGCAAUCUGAUCCACCCAGGCCUUCAGAGUCAGAUGUCUUCAUUGAAGACAGAGCUGAAAUGACUGUGUUUGUACGGUCUUUUGAUGGAUUCUCUAGUGCCCAAAAGAAUCAAGAACAACUUUUGACAUUAGCAAGUAUUUUGAGGGAAGAAGGAAAAACUUUUGAUGAGAAGGUUUACUACACUGCAGGCUACAACAGUCCUUUCAAAUUGCUUAAUAGAAACAAUGAAGUGUGGUUGAUUCAGAAGAAUGAACCCUCCAAAGAAAAUGAAUGAGAAAAUAAAAGGAAGUUCCAUUGCCAGAGGCGAAACUUCUGUUGAAUAGAGACAUAGACACUACCUAUAGUGAAAUGUGUGUCUAGUGUCU